AGAAGAACCCUCCAAAAGAAACACAACACUUCUGGUUUGCGUCUUUGUCUUGCAAUAAAAACACGGAGACGCAAAAGGGAAGUGGCGAACGUUUCGUAAAACCUUGUUUCGCCGCCUCCUCGGUUUUCGACUCGGGUUCCCAACUCGACUCAGUGAUCGAAAAUCGUUCCAAACGUCUCUGAUCGUUGGUUCGGGUUUUUUAAUAACGGGAUUAAGCGAUUAAAUUACGCGUUUUUUGUUUGUUUGUUUGCAAACAAUCAAAAACUCAGAACUUUGUGGUUGGAGAUUGAAAAAAGUUGAGGGCUUUACGAGGAUAAUCUGACUGUUUAUAAUUUCAGUUUCUGUGUGUUGUGUGUGUGUGGCCGAUGUUGGAUUUUCGAGACGGUUUGUAGGCGGGCAGAGAGUUGAGUGUUUUGGUGGUUAUUGAGAAUGGGAGAAAGUUAUGAACUUGAAGAAGGAGAAUUUAAGUGUUCUGCUAAUGUUGAUCUUGACCUUGAUCUCUCCUACAUUGACAAGAAGAUACAGAAUGUACUAGGCCACUUUCAAAAAAAAUUUGAACUGGGAUCCUUGGAUAUGUUCGGUCCAACAGUCUAUAAAUAUGGAUCAUUUUUGCCCACUUACAAACGUCCUCCUGCGGUGGUGCCACCACCAUGUCAAAGGAGUCCCAUGGUGACUAGUGACGUUCAAAGAUUUCCAAACAACUCACCGCUGAAGAACGUUGUUCAGAAGUUUCAGUCACUACCUGCUACAUCUUGUAAACCAACAAGUAUUCAGGACUCCCAUACCAAUCAGUCUUCAGGAUCCCUUUUGCCUCAAGCUCCUGGAAAGGUUACCACCAUAAAGAAAGAAGAUGCAAGAGCACCAGGCAAUGAUUCGACUGAUCAUAAGCCUAUUAGAGUUCGAAUCAAAAUGGGUUCUAAAAUCUUGUCUCAAAAGGUUACGAUGGUUUGCAACGAUCUUGGUCUCGAUGAUUCCCCAAAUUCGCCGACCCGAAACAGCCAUGAUGAUGGUAGCAGAAUGCUCCCACAUACAUCUCUGGAGAAGACAAGUGAAUCUCCCUCCCGUAUUCUUCAGGAAAUGACUGCCUUCCCUGUCCCAGAGGAUCUACUGAUGUCUCCUCUUCCUGAAUAUCUGCUUAUUUUGAAGGAUAAGGAGAAGAGAUAUACAUUGUUAAGUAGUGAACCAGUUACCAAGGCAGGGAAGGUUCCUUUUACUCAGACACAGAACAAGCUUUCUGAUGUUUUAGUCUGUGGGGUGACUCCAAGUGGAAGAAAAAGGAAAGCGGUUGACUGCUUUAACGCUACCACUUUGAAUGAGACUAAAUCAAUUGGUGAGGUGAAGAAGCAAAAAGUUUCGUCCACUGGUCCCUUAGCCAGGGAGAGCACAACUUGUGGUUUAGGUGGGAUAAAUUCUACUAGUGAUGGGUUUACAACAAAAAGUAACUUGCAGAAAGGUAUCAAAAAGGAUGUAGAAGAAGGUGAUCCUAGAGUCGGCUUUGCUAAGUCAAACAGAAUGAAGGUUGUUGGGAAACAUGCUGAGAAGGAGAAAAAGACAUAUCCAGUAAAGUUGAAACCGAAGAGUAGCAAAAGUAACCAUGGUGAUAAAGUUCUAUCAAAGAUGCCUUCCAAGGAUACUGCAAACAAAGUUGAUUUUGCGCUUGCGCUUGCACCUGUCUCCACUAGUCUUGACAAUGAUAAUUGGGCCCAAUGUGAUACCUGUAAAAAAUGGCGGCUACUGCCCUUCAGCGAAAACCCUGAUAAGCUGCCUGAUACGUGGGUGUGUAGCAUGCAAACCUGGCUGCCUCGGAUGAAUCAUUGUGGCAUCAGCCAGGAAGAGACAACAAACGCUAUUACAUCCAUUCAUCGUACUAAGGUUUACGGUCCUGAGACAAGUAAUGCUGAUAAAAGCUACCAAUCUUUAACUUCUGGUUCUUUGCCUAAUCUAAUUGAGAGAAAGCCACAAGGAGUUUCAAGCAAUAUCCUGGUUGAUGCUGCAAAGCCUACGAAAAGUACCUUACACGUGCUUAAAAUAAAAAACGUAAAGCUGCCGCUAAAAACUAGUAAUGCUGCUCAGAUAUCAACAGACUUUGGUGUGUCACAAAAGUUUACUGAGGAUAAGAUUGACGAGAAAGCAAAAGGGCGAUCAGCAGGCACUGGUAUUCAGAUAAAGAUCAAGAAGGAAAAGGAGGCAAAUGAAAGUUCCAAGCAAAUCAAGACUGGUGAUGGCAACAAACUCUCCAGAGAUGUAAAAGCAGAAGAAAUUCAUUGUAAGCAAGAUCUGGAUUGUACUCCAGCAGAGAGGAAAGCAAAGCGUCAUGACAAUGGUUUGUACCCUUCUUCGGAUGGAGAGCGAGCCACAAAGAAAAGAUUACUCCCUCCAUCGAAAGAGAAACCUGACCACCAACCUCAACCAACAACUGGUAGUGGCUCUUUAUGCAUACAAGCUCAUGGCAUUAUCAAUAGUCCUGUGAGAAACAUGAAUCAGCCAAAGCCAGAAGUAUGUAAACAGACCUCAAACUUUGGUGAUUUGUCUUGCACAAGUCUGAAAAGGUUCCUCGAAAAUAGAGCUGGGGUUAAGAAUGUCAAUGCCAUUCUUCAAGAGGCUGAAAAGCUGAAAAAGCUUGCUGACUGUUUAAAGGACUCUGGAUUUGACUAUGUUGAAUACAAGGAGGUCAACUUCAACGCGGCUCUCAUGUUUCUAUUUGGUGCUUCGCUUCUGGAAAUGUUCAGUCCCGAGAAAGUGGAAGAUGGGAGGAUGAGCCAUUUUGAAGCUUACCAUACUGCUGCAAAACUCUCAGAAAGCUGUGCCCAUCAAUAUGAAACAAAUAAAGAAAUGUCUGCGGCUGCUUUGGCCUAUAAAUGUAUGGAAGUGGCUUGCAUGAGGGUAGUGUAUUGCAGAAGUCUAAGUCUGAGUGGGGAAUGGAAUGAAUUGCAGAAAAUGGUACAGAUGACUCCUCAAGGUGAAUCACCCUCAUCAUCUGCAUCUGAUGUGGAUAGCUUUUGUCACCAAGGAGUGAUUGAUAAGUCUGCUAAAACAAAAAGAAGUAUUUCCCAUGGUCUUGGAAACCUUCUCCCUCUUGCUAAAACCCAUCAAAAUUUUGUUCCGCUACUAGAAGUUACAGAGAGUAUGAAUCUGGCAAUGGAAGCAUCGGCAAAAUCCCAACAUGCUCUUGGAGCAGUCACUAUUGUCACCUCUGAAGAAACGAAGCACAAAGACUGUGUCUCUGCAAUCAAGGAAGUUGUCGAUUUUAGUUUCCAUGAUGUGGAAGCGCUUAUUCAGUUGAUUGAGGUUGCCAGGGAUGUCUUACGUACAUCAAGAAACCGUGGCCCAUAGUGUAGUCGACUCUAUUUUGUACAUAGGCUCUGGUCCUAUAAAAGAAUAGAAUAGUGUUUUAAGAAGGGAAGCCCGGAGGGGCUUGGAUCUAGAUUUUUCCUUUUGGUUUCAUGAGCUUCCAUAGAAUAGUCUCAUUAAUUUAGCAAAUUUUGUAAGGCCUAAUCCAUUCAAGGCUGAUAGUGAUUGGUUACCCUUUGAAUGGAUUAGGAUAGGAAGACUUUGGAGAGGUGGGGAACAAGUUUGCAGUAGUAACUCUCAUGUUCUUUCUUCUUUUUUGGUCUCUGGGUACUGAAGAUUAAUUAUAGAAUAAUAUAGAAAGAGUAGUAGGUUGCUUGGAUAUAGUCAUUUAUGAGAUUGGAUAUGAGUUGUGACAAGACGCUGCUCUAUCCCAUCUGAACCUGUUUCAGUUUGUUACAAACUUUUUAUUGGAAGGGAAACACUUUUUUUCUU